AUGUCCAGCCGAUUCUUGAAGACAGUGCUCCCUCGCGCCCUUGUCCGUCUACGGCGCCGUAUUCAUGCGCUCAGCUACACAGAAAAUGUCGAGCUCGAUCUGGCACUAUUGUACUUGGCUGCAGCCGAGAAGUAUGCCGAAUAUGCCGAAUCGCUUGCGCCUUAUACAGGCUUCAAUGUCUCCCAGCUCAGAGAUUCACUUACUCACAAGAUGCAAACAGGUGAUGUCAGCCAGGGGCCGAGAACGCCUACCAUUUACCUGAGCGGGUUCGCUCGGAUUGGUACACUUAACAUUCAUCUGGGAGGCGAUGAGUAUGGAUCAACAUGGUGGAGGGAAGGAUCAUCGGUAAAGACCGAGAAGCUCGUUCGGAACCUGUUGGCGGCCUUUGCCCACAUUGAUUGCUCCAUGCUCACAAGCUUUUCGACCCGAACCUCCGGUGCAGGCAGGUCGCACUACACUUUUGAUAAACGCCGGAAGAAGCAGGCUUGA